AUGGAGCCUGGGAAACUCUUGGAUCCCCCGUCAGACACAGGCAGCACUCCGGAAAACCACCAAAGAACCCAUGAAUGCUCAGAGUGUGGGAAAUCCUUCGCUCACCGGUCCCUCCUUUUGACCCACAGGAAGGUCCAUGUGGAAAGUGGAUCCAGUGAAGGUUUGGAGGGUGAGAAAUCCUUUUCUGGAAAAGACGCCAAAGAUCUCAGACGCCACCCCAGACUAAAACCUUAUAAAUGUGAGGAAUGUGACUUAUGCUUUGGUCAAAAGCAAGACCUUCUUACACAUCAGAAAAUCCACACUGGAGAGAAACCCUAUCAGUGUCUGGAGUGUGGGAAAUUUUUUCAUCGAAAAGCCCAUCUCAGACACCACGAGACGAUUCACACAGGGGAGAAACCUUACACAUGUUGGGAAUGUGGGAAGAGCUUUUCUCGGAAUUCAUGUCUUUGCGCCCAUGAGAAGAUUCAUGGAGGAAUAAAACCUUACAAAUGCUUUGAGUGUGGAAAAUAUUUCGCCCUGAGAACAUAUCUUUACAGUCAUCAGAAAACGCACAGAGGGGAGAAAAGCGAAAAGUGCCUCGAUUGUGGGAAGUGUUUUACCUUGAAAUCAAACCUGGUGCAACAUCAGAGACGUCACACUGGAAAAAAACCCUAUGAAUGCCCAGAAUGCGCGAGAAGAUUUGUAAAUUCUUCUGAACUUUGGAUACACCAGAAGAGGCACAAAGGGGAGAAACCCUAUCAAUGUGGGGAGUGUGGGAAAAGUUUCCUUACUCGAACAGAGGUUCAGAAUCAUGAAAGAAUCCACACAGGGGAGAAGCCAUUCAAAUGUGGAGAAUGUGGGAAAUGCUUUGCCCGAAAACCCAACCUUGGAAGGCAUCAGAGGCUCCACACAGGAGAGAAGCCAUACAGAUGCCUAGAAUGUGGAAAAGCUUUUGCUCAACAGGGAAAUCUUUUGAGACAUCAUAAAAUCCACACAGGGGAGAAGCCAUAUCAAUGCAUCGAGUGCGGACAAUUUUAUCGUAGCACAUCAGAACUUAGAAAUCAUAUAAAAGUUCACACAGGGGAAAAGAAUUUCAAAUGUUUAGACUGUGGGAGAACAUUUGCUCAUUUAUUUUCCCUCAGAAGUCACAGCCAAAUCCAUACAGGAGAGAAACCUCACAAAUGCUCGGAAUGUGAUAAAUGUUUUUCCCGUAAAUAUAAUCUGUUGAUGCAUCAGACAACCCACACUGGGAAAAAAACAUAUAAGUGUCUGAAGUGUGGGAAAUGUUUUGCCCAACCUUCAGGACUUUACAAGCACACCAGAAAUCACACAAGGUAG